GUAGAGAAGCGCGGUCACGCAGUGGUCCGUGCGCUCUCGAGUGGAACGAUGUCGCGCGCGUGUCUGGCUCUGCUGCUCGCGCUCUCCUUACCUGGAUAUCUGCAUGCGCUUCACGGAUUAUACGCCUUCGAUCAGCCCGAGCUCUUUCAGAAGAAGAGCCACUGCAAACCCAUACCUGCAAACCUGCUCCUGUGCCAUGACAUCGAGUACACGGACAUGCGUCUGCCCAACCUCCUCGGACACGAGAGCAUGACCGAGGUCCUGCAGCAGGCAUCCUCCUGGACCCCUCUGGUGCAAAAACAGUGUCACCCGGACACCAAGAAGUUUCUGUGUUCUCUGUUCGCUCCGGUGUGUCUGGAUGAUCUGGACGAGCCGAUUCAGCCGUGCAGGUCUCUGUGUGAGAGCGUGAAGAGCGGCUGCGCUCCGGUGAUGGCCGCCUUCGGGUUCCCUUGGCCGGACAUGCUGGACUGCACUCGCUUCCCUCUGGAUAAUGACCUGUGCAUACCACCAGCGGGCGCAGAUGCUUUAGUGCCAGUCACCAAGGAAGUUCCAAGGGUGUGUGAUGCCUGCAAAGAAAAGCCUGAGAGUGACAAUGAAAUUGUGGACACUUUGUGCAAAAAUGACUUUGCUUUAAAGAUCAAAGUCAAGGAGAUCUCCUACAUGAAUGGCGACACCAAGAUCAUUCCAGAAACCAAGAGCAAAACGAUCUACAAGCUGAACGGAGGAGUUACUGAGCGUGACCUCAAGAAGACGGUGCUCUGGCUGAAAGAUGGUCUUCAGUGUGUGUGUGAUGAAAUGAACGACAUUCAUGCUGCUUAUCUGGUGAUGGGCCAGAAGAUGGAUGGAGAUCUGGUCAUCACGUCGCUGAAGCGCUGGCAGAAGGGUCAGCGGGAGUUUAAGAGAAUUUCUCGCAGUAUUCGCAAACUUCAGUGCUAGGAAUCUCCUCCAAUCAGAGCACACACACACAAAAGGUCUUGAAUAUAAGACCAGUACCA